AAUUUUUUAGGUUAGUUUGUAAGCGGACAGCUGUCAAUUUGCGUUGUGUGGAUUGCGAUUUUAUGCCACAUUUAACUUUUGACGUCUAAUAGCACAGCUUGAAGAUAAUUACGGAGGUGAUAAUUAAAAACUUAUGAGAAAGACGGCUGGACGCGUGUUUGAAGAUCGUACAAUUUAACUUAGCAAAGACGGAGUUUAACUCGCAAACCGUAUACCAUCAUGAUUCUUUAUGCUUGGGGUGCUAACACCUAUGGCCAAUUGGGUUUGGGAUACAAGUCAGAGCAGGAGUUCGAGCCGAAACAGGUCGACUUGAGUAACACCGACCUCAAGGCUGAUAACAUUGUGGCAAUAGCAGGUGGGGCUGUGCACACAGUCAUUUUGGAUUGUAAUGGAUAUGUUUACUGCUGUGGAUACAACUCCAAAGGGCAGCUAGGCUUGCCCGAUGAUACACUUCAAUUUACUGAGAUUGAAAUAUUGAAGGGCUUCAAAAUAGCUCAGAUCUCUUGUGGUUGGGACUUCAGUGCUGCAAUAUCACAAUGUGGAAAGCAGUUUGUGUGGGGAAACAAUGGGCACACACAGUUGGGACUGUCCAAGAGCAUAACAUGCACUGGCAUCCCAUCAAGACUUCAGGUUUCACAGAAACUGGCGACUGGCUUCAAGCAAGUGAGUUGCGGUCUUCGUCACUCUGCUAUGAUCACCAAGGAUGGAGGCCUCUUGGUUGCUGGAACUGGUAGCAAAGGCCAGUUGGGUUUGGGUGACAACUAUGAUGACAACAGUUACUUAAGUAUAUCCAAAGUCCCUGACAUAGAGGAUGUUGCUAGUGUGGCUAGUGGUCAACAUCAUACUGUGAUGCUGAAAGAAGAUGGUACAGUACUUAGCUGGGGAGAAAACAAACAUGGACAACUAGGAAUUGAUCCUAACGUAUCAAACAGUUUUGUACCAAUGGAGAUAUUCCACAAUGAGGAAUUGGACAAAGUUUAUGCUGGAUGGACACACAGUGGAGCUUUGACCAAGAAUGGUGAGGUCUACACCUGGGGCCGGAAUUGCUAUGGACAACUGGGAUCACCCAGGACCGAGCCCUACAAGCCUGAGAAGAUUCCCAAUCUUACAGAUGUGUCUCAUCUGAGCAUGGGCUCAGAACACAACUUGGCUGUUACCAAAGACGGUCGCCUGUUCGCUUGGGGUUGGAAUGAACAUGGCAGUUGUGGCACUGGCGAUAACAAAGAUGUAAUGCAACCCACACAAAUUUUAUCUAAACAUAAGGUUAAGCUAGCUUUUGCUUGUACUGGUAGUUCUUUUGCUGUUGUGGAAUAGUGUCAUUGCAAAAAUUUAAAUUCUCAUGAUUAUGAAUUUCUUUCAUUGUUCAUAAGUAUUUUUAUAAAGAAUUUAAUUGAUUACUGUAUUCUGUAUUUUUAUAAUAAAAUUGUGUUGCAUGUA